AUGCCCUGGCCACCUAAGUUUCCAGACUUUGAAGAUGCAGAAGACGACCUGCCUACACCGACCACUUCUGGAUCGGAUGUAGCCCGGGGAUCCAACGAGACUCCCGAUGAACUUCUGGCUUCGCAAGUUGCUAGCACCUCUGGUGCCAUCAUCAGCAUGCAGCAGAGGAUCCUUGCUAAGUAUGAUGCGAAACUUCGAAGAAUGUGCAAGGUUAAGGCUAGUGGACAGGCCGGUGUGACCAACGAUAUCCUGGCUGCCUGGAAAGAGGGUGGCACGACUCGGGCCGGUUUGGUUAAGAUUCUCGCUGACUGCAGUGGGAACAAGGAAAAGUUCCUGAAGCGAGCUUCGCUGAAGAUCAAACACCUCAAGAAAGGCACACUGCAGGUGAAAGCCGGCUGGUACAGCGAGGCGGUUGUGCAGUGGUGCAAGAAGAAAGGCUCCAAGUACGUCAAGCGGGACAAGUACGAGCCCACGAAGAAGUUGUAUUGGGUGGAGGUUUCGUCCGAAGGUGUUUUCGAAACCAUCAAUGAAGAAGAACUCGAGCACGAGUUCGAGGGUGAUGGGCUGGAUGCCCCCGUGAACGACAGGGCCCCGAAUGUGCCGGAGCCCGCAAGCGAGUCGUGCAGUGACUCAGGCGAGGAGGUUGACACCCCCAAGCCCAGGCAGAGCAAGUCGAAGAGUCCCAAGAACAGCAACCUCGAACGAAGAGCUUCCUCUGCACAGAUCGAGCUUGCUAUGCAGGACAUCGAGAAUGUCCCGACGAUCUUGUCUGGGCUUUUCAAGACUGUGGGGAAGAUCCAGAACUUGAUUCCCGAUCUCAAGGCAGAUGGCUUGGAUGCCGACUUGAACAAGCUGAUGGUGUUGCAUGAUGAGAUUGCAGCCUUGAAGAGCUAUUGGAUGGCACACAAGAAUAUGAAGGCAAAAGAGUUGCAAUCGAAGAACUUGGAGGUGGAGAUGCUGUUGAGACCUUACAUCGUCGUGGGCCAGCUGCGAUUGCUCUGGCGAAGGCUAGUUUCCCAUCGGCUGGUGUGCCAAAUCGCGAGUGGUUUCUGGAAAGAGUUUCAAGAAGCUACGAAUGCAGAUCGGCACCAGGGUGGAUGCUUGCAGAGUGCAUCGUUGCUUCGACGAAUGCACAAAUCUUCGAAAACCCGGCACGAAAAUCAAACCACCAAAGCCUACGAAGAUGUGGGGCUUGCAGCCCCGAUUCCUUUCUCCUAUGUGGAUUUGGAUAAGUUCCCGCAUCACCCGUGGUUCCGACCGAGCGAUUUUUUGCGAGUUUUCGUGCAGCAAGGCAAGUUGGGUCUGUUGACGGGUGGAAGUUCUUUCGAUAUUCUGGCAGAGUUCUGGCAAAGGUAUUACUACCUGCAGCCAAGCCAUGCAGUAUAUAAGUUGCUGGAUACUGAGCAGCGAAGAUUCACGAUACCUUGCAUGCUGUAUGCAGACGAGGGCCAAACUUUGAAGAAGCAGAGCUUGAUGGUCAUUUCGAUACAGCCAGCAAUCGGAGCAGGAAUUCAUGCUGCUGAAGGUUGUGCGAGCUCUGGUUCAAUGGGCAAUAAUUUCAUUGGCUCCUGCUACAAAACACGUUUCCUCCUGAGUGUUCUUGCAAAGCGAGCUUACAAAACCAAUGCCGAAGUAUUGGAUGUAUUGAUGGAGCAGAUUGUUCGUGAUUGCAACGAUUGCUUGGAAUCUGGCAUUUCCGUUUGCCUGGGGGGCAAGCCCGUCAAGCUUAGACUUGCAAUUUUGCAAGUAAAAGGUGAUUGGCCAAUAUUGGCGAGGCUGGGGCAUUUGACACGGUCUUUCCACAGGCUGACGAAAGGGGGCUUGGUGACAAAGAAUGGCAAAGCAAAGGUGCCAAAAGGUAUCUGCCAUUUGUGCAGAGCCGGGUGCCCUGGGGUACCAUUGCAGGAGUACACCGAACAAGCCAAAUGGUGCGAAACAUACUUGAAAGACCCUCCCUUCGAUCCCAGCGACCCGAGCCCGAUGUGGGAAUUGCACCAAGCCGAUUCAAAAGAGGUUGUACUUAUGGACCUGGGCUUGGCUGGAGCAGGCGACAGGAACGAACAGAUUGGAAACUUGUAUGGCCGGCUGGAAACAUUUUGCAAGCAAAACAAGUUCUCCCUGCAUAUGAGUGCUUUGACACGGUCUUGGUUCAAAGGCCACGAUACGACAGUGGUGAUGCUGUGGUUGGAAGCUGUUUUUGGCUUCAUCAAUGAGCACGGGGCAACCGCCUACACGAGAAAUAUUGAAACUGCUAUUCGGGCGGGAAAUGAUUUCUUGAGAUGCUUGUACAGAAGUGGGCUUUGGCUUUCGAAAGCUGAAGCAGCGAGUGCCAUUAUGCAUUCGACAACAUUUUGCCGGUGCUACCUGUCGGCGGCGGAAACUGCAUUUCGCCAAAAGCUGCUUAGAUUCAAGAUUUCACCCAAGUUUCAUGCAUUUUGCCAUUUCGCAUUCGAGAUGGACCGGCAAAUUCAAAACACAUGGAUCUUCAGCCCAAUGUCGUCCUGCUGUCAGCAGGACGAGGACUUUGUGGGGAAGAUUGCUGGCUUAUCUGUAUGCGGCCAAUUCAAAGUUGUGCACACGCAGACCCUGCAAAGGUACGUGAUCAACCUCGAGCAGAACUGGUGA